AUGUUUUCAAGCUAUCCUCUUAUUGUUCUCUUCGCUCUUGAUCUUCGACAUUGUGAGGCUUUUUCCAGUAUGGGCACUCGUGUCGCAGAUGAUAGAUGCUAUCUCGUAGCACACUAUACGAGCGUGUGGUCGUACCUGUGGCCUCACAUCUCGCAUUCUUUGGACGUCGGGAGUGUGAACUUGGAUUGGAGGGCGAGAUUUUCUCUGUUUAUGCUCUGGAGCGUGAGGUCUGUCUCUCAACCGCUGAAGCACUUUGGAAGAUGGGUGGAGAAGGCAAUUAACCUUUGUGCAUCCAAUGGAGGAAUUCUCAGGACCUUGUAUACUCUUUCGAUGGAUCCACAAGCGCUUGUUGAUCCUUCCGAGGAUUCGGAGAGCUACCUAACUUUCAACGGCCACAUGGAACCAAGAAUCAGCCUCCUCCAAGCCCCUUCGUCUCAGCGUCUGUGUCUUUCAUGUCCAGACUCCAAAGCGGUAGCAGAUGUUUGUGCUAUGGCGUCUAAGGUUGCGUAUGAGAACCCAAAGUUCAUCGAAUUUGUCGUGAAUCAGAAUUGGAAGAUGCAUCUACUAGGAACUUACAACUGUUGGAACGGUAAGAGGUCGCUAUCCAGUUUCAUCUGA